AGGCCCUUUCAGCUUCAAUAUCCCAUCAACUCCACCAGGCCCAAGUAUUGCGGUGCCGUCAUAACGCAGCGUCGCGGUGUACACAUCUACACUUGGACUACUACGGCUGCCUUCCUCGACAAACGUUUGCAACACCUGGUCUACCACAUUCCGCACGACAGGCAGACUCUGCUCGUCGUCGUGCUGUCUCCGUCCACCCCGCCAACCCUUGAGUUCCCGGUCUGUUAAUUCACGUCUCGCUGCUGUCAACAAGGCCAAACAGUCCCAAGGAGCGGGUUCGGUGUGUCUGGCAAGGGCGCCGGACCAUGAUUCACGCGACCCAUUGCCUACACGAGCCACUCGACAACAGGACUACACACACGCUCACAAACUGGAGACGCUCGCGCCGCUGCCGUUUGCGGGGGCGGCGGGUGCUUCGGCCAGAGGCCUCCUUGCCCGUUCGCGGUUGCCAGCCAUGGACUCGAAGGACCCUCCGCCGUUUGGCUAUACCUUCAACACAGCCGACUUCUUCGGAGGCUCAGAGCCUGCCCUCACUAACAGUGGGCCGUCGCUGCUGAGCGAGAACGAAAAUCAGUCUCUCGUUGAUUUUUUCACCAACACAGAUCCAUUCCUCUCCGAAGCCCCUCCCUUCGCUCCUAACCCGGCCAGCAAGGACCUUACCGAUGACUUUAAUUGGGGCUUCGUCCCUCCUGCAACCAUCCACCGUGUCUCCACCACGAUCCCAGACCAAGCCCAUCUUCACCAUGGCUUCCAUGUCGACCAACCCUUCAACCCCGAUCCCCUCUCUGCAGACCACCUCGCAAAUACCCAGGAUGAUUUACAGGCGGCUUCAACGCUAUUCACCAAUGCACAAUCUUCUCAUGUCAAUGGCUCUUCAUAUGACAUGCACGGCUUGCCCUCGUCGGGUAGCGACCCGUCUGGUCUCGGCUUCCACAACAUCCCUUUGGUAGCCACCUCACAUGGCCCGAUGAAUGAGCAGCUAGCAGCCUUACUACCGAAUCAUUCUGAGAACGGGUCUAUUGACGCUCAGAUCGCAGCGCAAUUCAGCCAAGUGCAUCAUCGUCACUUGGCUGAAAUGACGCAACUCGAAAGGCAACGGCCCCUAUUAAAGAGAUCGUACACAUAUGGAACAGAUAACGCGUUUAAUCCCACCGGGUUCGUUGUAUCUUCGCCCAACGAGACGGAGGAUGCGGUAACCCGACGCCUCCUGCAAGAUCUGCGCCAUGCCCAACCCCUUACCAAAGAAGUCCUUCCUAGUAUUGACAACACCAAACCAUCGAGCCCUGUUGCUCCGAUGAAUUUCCCUAUUGGUCUGGUGGAGUUGCAAUCUGACGAAGAUGGGCAGUCAGAAGACGACUCCACCGACGCCGAUGAGGAUGACGAUAGGCCUGCCAAAAAGCGACGGAAAUCGAAAAACCCUAUAAAACCUGACAAACUGCCAAUUUCUACUCGCAAGGGUAUCCCAGGGCGUUCUGGGAAGGGGCGCAAAGCAUCGCUCGACGAGCCCAUGGGCAAGAAGAAGCGACCCUCGUCGGCAGGCCAAAAAGCUCAACGAGAGAAUCUGACAGAGGAGCAAAAACGAAAUAAUCAUAUCCUUUCAGAGCAGAAACGCCGGAACCUUAUCAAACGAGGGUUUGAUGAUCUGCACGAGCUUGUCCCUGAGAUACGCAACGGCGGGUUAAGCAAGAGCAGUGUUCUUAUGGAGGCGGCCGCUUUUCUAGACAAAAUAAUUCAGGACAACACGCAGUUCUCGGCCGAGCUGGCCCAGUCCGCAAAUGGCUGAAGGCAAAAAACAACAAGAAACCACAUUCAUAUGUGCUUCUUGGCUUUGACGCGCAAGGCAACUUAUGACCAAUCUACACUAGGACCCACCUCGGCCCUCGCCAAUACUGCCUAUCCACGCUGAGAAGCUACUAUAGUAUAUCAAUCACAGGUCGGACGUCUCCUCACAUGCAGGUUUCGGGAUUUAGCACUGUCGACAAGAGCGCCCGCCAAGGUUAAUUCUUCAGGGUCCCCGCAACGCUGUUUCCUAGUUAAGCUGCUAAUCCUAAACCUCCGGGAAUGAGGUCGGUUCUGCAGACCUUAGCGUGUCGUGGGCAGUUUAGAUACGGCGUUAUAUAGAUGAGGAGUUCGGAGGGAGAAGUAAGGCUAUUGUUCAGUCGCAUUUUGGGGGACAGAUUGUGAGAUACCC